AGGUACGCCCGGUCUGAUAAGAGGGGGAAGUUGCCGCUGUGGAUCCAGGAACAUCUGACAGACGCCAAUCUGAACCUGACGGUGGACGAGUGCGUUCACCUAUCCAAACACUUCCUGCGACAGAUGGCCCAGCCCUUCCGCAGGGAGGACCAGUUGGGACUUUCUCUGCUGACAUUGGAACAGUUGGAGUCGGAGGAAAUGUUACAGAAGAUACAGGAGAUCGCGCAUCAGGUGUGAGAGUGGGCGGAGCCAUCCUAACGUGUUCCUGACAUUCCUGACAUGUGACCCGUGUG